UUCGGAUGCCAUUUUGUUGCAAUUCAGACGGAGACGGAGAAGGAAGUGUAGGAAGAACCAUCUCGCUGUAAAGCGUUCGUGGGUUUCCAACUUGUUGACAUAUCGUUAACAUUUUUUUUUUCACCCAGAGCUGUUAAGCAUUGGGCCGUAAACCUUUUGACGAAAGGCUUUUACCAUCAAAGCCUGAGGAAGUCGUUGCUGACUUCUGAGCACCGUGAGUCGAGGUGAAUUGAUGUUCAGCUCGUCUGCACGAAAAAACACCGCUCAUUGGCACAUGAACACGUCAGAUCUUGCUGGACAUAAACGUGCAGCGAGAAGUAGAAUUAUUACUACUUCGAGGACCUGGAGCCCAGUUGGUGAAGAGAAGUUAAGAAUUGAAAAUACCCACGUACUCAACUCUCUGACAACAAAGAGGUGACCGAGUGAGACAUGGGAGGUGGCGAGAGAUACAACAUUCCAGUUACGCACCCGGAGCGCCCUGUGCCCAAGAAGAACCACCAGCUCGGCCGGGGCAAGCAGAGGAGCCGUGAUCAGAAUGGUGUGCCUGUGAUAACAUCCACCGGCUACCCGAGCGGGUAUCACCACCACAUCCACCGCAGGGUGGAGAAAGGCACUGGCUUCCCCUGGUCUCCCGAAACGCGGCAGGCCGCGUCGGCAGAGAAGAAGAAGAAUGCCACUGUCCGAUUUGCCACCACCCACGACCAGAACUUGGAGGGCGCCAUGUCCCACCUGAACAGUUUGCUGGCGUCUCAGUGCAACCAGAACUACGCUGGGGCGAAGUUCAGCGAACCGCCCUGCCCCAGUGUUCUGCCCAGGCCCCCAAGCCACUGGGUGGCCCUUCCCAUGGGCCCCUGUGACGGCCGCGAGAUGAUGGCCUUCCAGCUGAAGAGCCUCCUCAAGGUUCAGGCCUAAGCAGACCCCAUAGCCCCCACUCCGAUACCAAUCUCAGGGCUCCACUUGGGUCCCCUGCCCCUCCUGCAACACAGCAGCACUGUAAUGCAUUUUUAGACCUAUUUUUAGAUUUGAGGUAUUGCAGGGUGACUGGCAUUUCAACAGAUAUGCCUCUGUGAGCUGUCACUCGCCCUUUUAAAUUUUGAUUUUUUAAAGCUAACCCAAACUGAGGUGUUACAGCAUUGCAGUCUUACAAGAGGGAGUGGGGAAUGUCUAAAUGGGGCUCGUUUCUGUGAUUAACGAUGAACUGGAUAUCCUUUCCUGUGGCUUUGUUCUUUUGUUUUGCUCUUUUUACUUUGGCCGUUAUUCUUCUCAAUCAGUUUUUCUCCCCCCCCCCCCUUCUUCCCCUUUGGGAAGCCUACUGCACAAACGAUCCCUCCCAACAGUCAACCUUUGUGGAAGACAGCUUUCCAUACAACCUUUAGCUUGUUAGUUUAACUCAACAUGAGGCAUUUUAUUUUGGUCUCUCACAGACCUCUGUUAAGGCACUUCUGCGUUUUUAGUGUCAUUCUAGUGAAGCAUUCCCGAACUCUGUCUUCAUUUCAACUCUUGCUGUCGCUGGGAAGUUAAAGCCACUUUGUUCUGCAGGGAGACACGAGCUUUGUGAGUGGAGAGAUGUAGCUUUAGUGAGUGCAAGUCACAUGUGAACACAGCCUCAAAACAACCUUAAGACGAGACAAUGGCACACUGACCUUGUACUGUGCAAACAACUCCUCUUUUCUUUUCUUUUUGUACAGCGCUGUGCGCUCUGCACUAUAGGAGUUGGAACUGUACAAGGUCUGCAACAGCUUACACGGUAGCCAAUUUCCUUUGAAUCCAUUUCUCUCGUGCGGUCGUUGUGUGCCGUAGUAGUUUUCUCUUUGCCAUUUUUGGGGGUAAACCAAAGCAGUGGCAUUAAUCCCCCCCCCCCCCCCCCCCCCCAAUCUGUUUAUUUUCCCCUUGUUUCUGCCAAAUGGGUGUGGUCACAAGUGCCAUAUAGGCCACAUCCAGGCAGCCCACCUUGGGAACUGUUCUCCUGUGUCCUCUUUUGUUGAAAUGCAAUCAGUGCCGUUACUUCCUUUCCCCCCCCUCCUCCAGCCUCUUCUGAGUCUCCACACAUCAUGCCACGCGGAAGAGGGCUCAGGUGUCAGUUCUAUGCUGAUGCAUGGCCCUGUUGGCCUUUUUUCUUUUCUUUUAUUUCUUUAUUACUUUAGUGGAGACUUUGAAGCUAAAGCAGAGGAGCAAGGAAGGUAGGGGGGAGGCAGAACCUGGCACAAGAAGGCUUCAGACGUAGGGUGUGUUUAGUGUGGGUAUGUUGUUUACAUGUAGAAUACUGAAGGUCACUAGGGUGACUCCUGCAAGCGAUAUCCCAAGGAAUUACUCACUGCCCCCCCACACCCCCACAAAAAAUGGUGUUGCACUGCUGUUGUAUACUGUGUCUUAGAGGUUCCAGGCCCAGGCUGCCUUUCACGGCAGUGGGUACGAAAUCUGCCGUCUCUUAAGUGCGUGUGUGAGAGAGAGAGAGAGAGAAAGAGUGAGUGAGAGUGUGUGUGUGUGGGUGUGUUUUUGCGAGGCGCACUUUUGGAUGAGGUUGUUCUCCAUCUCUUUGCAGAACGGGAAAAGUUUAAUGGCCAUCUUAAAGAUGACAAAACAAAGCAAUUACAGCUCGUCAGAUAUGUUAUAGUAAAAGAGCCAUGUAUAUAAUGAAAUGUAUAAAACUGUAGCAUAUGUACAUUUAUGCAGGAUCAUUUUAACCUGCUGAUAAAGUAUUUUUAGUAACAACACUGAAUGUAAGAGUCAUGCAAAGGACAUGGCUUGAUUUAAAAAAAGAAAAUGCUGAAUAUUUUUGUUAAAAAAAAAAGAAAAUAUUUGCCUAUAGCACGUGUCAAUACCCCUGCACUGUCAGAUGUUGCCAGUGCUCUUGCACAUGUUUGUUUCUUAUAUUUUUAAUUUUGUAUAAUGAACAGUGUAGGGAGAAAAAUAAGCUUUAAGUUCAAACGUGUUAAAAAAAUUGACCCUAGAAACAGAUUGUUACAUGUAUGACAUUUCUUUUUUUUGUGAACCUGAUGAAGUUGUGUGUUUUUUUUUUUUUUAAAAAGCCAUUUAUUUGAAUAUCAUUGUUAGCUGUCAAUUUCAAACCAUACUUUUGUAGACAUUGAAAUCCAUCAAAAUUGUUACCAUGUUCUGUUUAUAACCUUUCCACCUGAUGCCUUGUUUUCUCCAUCAUUGUUUAAUUGAGUCACUUGUUUAUCUGCCAUUCUUCCGCUGGCAGAUAACUGACCCCAAGUUUAUCAUUUUUUUUUUCUCCCCUAUUUUUAUUUUUGAACUUUGUAUUUGAAUUUGUUUUGUUUUUAUUGCCCUCUGAUCCCCAAAGAAUGUUCAUACAUGUAAUAAUCUCUUUCGUCCAAAUUUGUAACUCUUCUGUAAGUUACCUGUUACCAAUUGGCUUUGAAUUUUGUCCCACUUGAUCUUGUCACCAUAUGAGUUGAAAUGCCCAACUAAAUUUGAUCUUUGAAAAAAAACUAAACCAAAAAAGAGCACUAUUUUAAAUUCGGCUAAAUUUGAAAAAAAAAAAAAAAAAUGUUUAAUAAAACCCAUUCCCUUCCCCCCCAA